GCUCAAUACCUCCGAAAAAUAAUGGACAGGGGACCGGAGAUAAAUCUUUUAAAAAGGAAAGCAUGAAUCCUGAGCAGAAAAACGACGAAGAACUGACAGAGAUUGACAAAAAGUUUUACCGGGCUCAAAUACGCGAUUUGGAGGAGCGACUGGAAAGAUACCAGCAAAAAUGUGAUGAACUGGAGGUUCAGGAAGAGGAUUUGUACUCAAAGAUCAAUAAUGUGGAGAAAGAGAAGAAAGACAUAGUUAUCUACCUAAAACGCACACUAGCUCAAAAAGAAGAUGAACUGAUUGAUCUGGCUGAGACGUUAUCAAGACACCAGCAAGCUCAAGAGGCUGAGAGAGAGUCCUUUGAGUUACAACUGAGCCUGCUUAGACACGAGCUUCAGGAAAAUAAGGAAAAAUUCACAUCAUGCUUGGUACUUCUAAGGACUGGUAAACUGGCGUCUUUGGAGGAAUUUUCUAUGCAGAGAGAGAAGCUUAUGGUUGAACGCAGGUGUUUGGAAGAGCAGCUUCAAAAGCAAAAAGAAGAACAUCAAGCACAAAUCUAUAAUCUGGAGAAAAAAGCUGUACUGGACAAUGACAGAAGAUUUUUUCAGUUGGUCGCCACAUGGAAUGAUCUGUCAUUUGGCAAAGGUUUUAGGAACAAAAGACAAACAAAAGCUGAAGCUAAGAGAUGGAAGAAAGAGCUUGAAGAGGAACGGAUGUUAAGAAAACAGCUAAAAACAGUUCUUGAGGAAGCAGCAGUAGCUUUAAAAGAGGCCCUAAGGGAGGUCCCUAAAGAGGAAGACUCAGAACUGAAGAUUACUGUCAGACGAAAUCAGAUGAUGCAGAAGCUGCUGGCUGUGCUGAACAGCCAAGCUCUUACUGACUUGCAGUCAUGAUCUCAAAAAAGCCUCUGACAUUAAAAGACUAAGUGAACUCCUGCAGAAAUCUACUUCAUAUCUAUCUUACUUCAAAACUGGAGAUCUGGGAUUGAAAACAGGAAAUCUCUCUAGGGGUGCUUAUACCUAUGUACAUAAGUAAGUAUGUAGGUUAUGGCACAUCAACAGCACACACAGCAUGUGAUCUUUAAUAUAACAUGAAAUAUUAGUGCAGAUUUUGAUCAAGCAAUUUAAAUAUUUGACAGUUUUCUUGUCUUCUAGGAAACAAUCAAAUGAUAAAUAACCUUUUUAUUGUUAUACUUGAUCAAAGGGGUUGUGGGAAGUUGGCUAUUUUUAAAUAAGGUACUGUUGAAGGAGGCCU